AUGACUUCGGAAUCGUUUAUAAAUACCGGCAAUUCGAGCGGGAACUUGUUAGUGGGCGAGCCGAUGGUGAAUAGCAUGGGAGGGUUGAACGGUAUGGUGGGCGACAUGUCCAUCAGCAUGCUUAAGAUCUCCAACAUUCCGUCGGACUUGACGCAGCGGGAGGCCACGACGAUUUUUUCGUUGGUGAUCGAUGACAUCGUCAACAUUGAGAUCAAGGACUUUAUGGUGUUGGCAUACUUCAAGAACUACCAGACAUGCUUGACCACGGGCAAAUUGCUUGACGGAAAGUACAUUUUUGGUAAGGAAUACGCUCCCAUCAAGAUUGAUUACGACCAGGUGAUAAAUUCCCCUAACAGUAUGCCAUCUGCUGGCUUGAAUUCCAACUUCAACAACUUGAGAUUGUCACAAUCUCUGCAGCCGCCUCAAUCGCAACAACAGCAGUCGCAGGCUGACUUCCAGAAGAGGCAGCUGAUUGGUAACCAACGAUCCAGAUUCUUAUUCAGCGACCCAUUCCUGGGCUCAACUACCCCUAACCAACAGUCUUCUUCUAACCAGCCUCAUCCGUCGAUCGACUUGUCUGAUUUGACGGGUAAGUCUAUCUUGUUGAUGGAUUCACCUCAAGAUGGUACCAGCAAUAAUAAUAACAAUAUUGCUAGAGACCCAUGGAACAGCCAAUUGCCAAUUAACAAUUCGGCUCCUCAAACCCCAGGAGCGUCGUCACUGGCGCAUACGCCUUUCGAAUGGAAUUCGAGCCAGUCGCAGCCUCAGACUCAACCCCAAUCGCAGCCCCAAUCGCAGCAACUUCAAUCGGGGUCCAACGACAGGAGAAGAACGUCGUCAGCGUUCUUCAAUAACAAUUUGAUGCCUACUUUGAAUCCUAAUUUGCCAUUAAACUCGAUUAAUUCAAUUUCAUUACCGCAAGCAAAUCAACAGCCUUCACAACCAUCGAGUCAACCAUCAAGUCAACCAUCAAGUCAGACUUCAAGUCAGCCAUCGAGUCAGCCUCCUAGCCAGUCAGCCAACCAGCAACCUGCAUCCCAACAAGGUUCGUCAACUCAGUUGUCGCCUUCUUCAGGUCAAACUACCCCAACUAAUAAAUCCAAAGACGUUCCUGAUUUAUCAUUACUCGCAAGAGUUCCACCUCCGGCUAACCCAGCGGAUCAGAAUCCUCCUUGCAAUACUUUGUACGUAGGUAAUUUACCACCUGAUGCCACAGAACUGGAACUUCGGGCAUUAUUUUCACCCCAAAAGGGUUUCAGAAGAUUGUCUUUUAGAACUAAAAACCAAUCGCUGUCAAAUCCAAAUCAAAGUAGCAAUCAUAAUCAUGGACCAAUGUGCUUUGUGGAAUUUGAAGAUGUUGCCCAUGCUACUAGAGCUUUAGCUGAAUUAUACGGAAGAACAUUGCCAAGAAGCGGUGGUAGCAAUGGUAAAGGUGGCAUAAGAUUAUCGUUCUCUAAGAACCCAUUGGGUGUAAGGGGUCCUGGUAAUCCAAGAAGAGCUUCAAAUAAUCAAGUAUCUACUUGUUCUACUGCGUCAUCUUCAAAUUCUAAUGGUAUUGGCAAUUACGGCUACCUGAAUUAUUCGAAAUAA